AUGAGUAUAGAUGAUCGACUUGUAGCACUUCAAUUAUGGGAUACAGCUGGGCAGGAAAGAUUUCGUUCAAUUACUAAACAAUAUUUCCGUAAAGCAGAUGGUGUUAUUUUGAUGUAUGAUGUUACUUCCGAAACCUCAUUUGUAAAUGUUCGUAAUUGGAUUGAAUCUGUUCGCAAUGGAGUGGAUGAUGGAUGUAUCCUUUGUCUAGUAGGAAACAAAGUGGAUUUGUACCCUAAUGAACAAUCUAGAACAAUAACUUUCGGGCAUGGAAAGGACUUGGCUGAUGAAUUUGGCAUGAUGUUCUUCGAGACGAGUGCUUUUACAGGUCAAGGAAUCAAAGAAUGCAUGGAAACAAUAGCAACGAAGCUUCAACAACGAGAGGAUGACCAUGUCCAAGAACUUAUAAAGUUAGAAGCUUUAAUGGCUUUUGGAAAACAAAGAUGGUGUUGUUUUUAA